GAAGGGGGCGGUGGUGGCGUGCGCUGUGAUGUCUGUGAUGCUGUUUGUGGAGAGGGUUUACAUGGCAGUGGUGAUAAUGGUGGUGAAGUUGUUGGGGAAGAAGAAAUACACAAAGUACAAGUGUGAAGCCAUUAGAGACGACCUUGAACUCAAUAAAACCGGCCACCCCAUGGUCCUCGUGCAGAUCCCCAUGUACAACGAGAGGGAGGUUUAUCGACUCUCAGUAGGAGCAGCAUGUGGGCUUUCAUGGCCAUCUGACCGGAUUAUAAUUCAAGUUCUCGAUGAUUCUACUGACUGUAUGAUCAGGGACUUGGUUGAGAUGGAGUGCCAAAGAUGGAUAAGCAAAGGAGUUAAUGUUAAGUAUGAGGUUAGAAACAACAGGAAUGGAUAUAAAGCUGGUGCUCUUAGAGAGGGACUAAAGCACCAGUAUGUGAAAGAUUGCGACUAUGUUGUAAUCUUUGAUGCCGAUUUCCAACCCGAGUCCGACUUUUUGUUGCAAACAAUCCCCUUCCUUCUCAGCAAUCCGGAGUUGGGCUUGGUUCAAGCCAGAUGGAAAUUUGUUAAUGCAGAUGAGUGCUUAAUGACAAGGCUGCAAGAGAUGUCUUUGGACUACCAUUUUAGCGUUGAGCAAGAAGUGGGUUCUUCUACUUAUGCCUUCUUUGGAUUCAAUGGAACUGCUGGUGUAUGGAGAAUGCAAGCACUUAAUGAUGCCGGUGGUUGGAAAGAUCGAACAACUGUGGAGGACAUGGAUUUGGCUGUAAGGGCAAGCCUCAAGGGUUGGAAGUUUGUCUUUGUAGGUGAUCUCUAUGUCAAGAAUGAGCUACCCAGUACAUUCAAAGCUUAUCGAUAUCAACAGCAUCGUUGGUCUUGUGGUCCUGCCAAUUUAUUUAGAAAGAUGAUUAAAGAGAUAAUCCUAUGCGAGAAGGUGUCAAUAUGGAAAAAAUUCCAUGUUAUUUACGCAUUCUUCUUCGUAAGGAAGAUCGUGGCACAUCUUGUGACCUUCUUCUUCUAUUGCAUCAUCAUCCCUGCAAGUGUUCUGGUUCCUGAAAUGCACCUUCCCAAAAUAGUUGCAAUUUAUAUACCAUCUGCAAUUACAAUACUCAAUGCCAUCUGCACACCAAGGUCACUUCACCUUCUUAUUUUUUGGAUCUUAUUUGAGAAUGUGAUGUCUCUUCAUCGAACAAAAGCGACAAUCAUUGGGCUAUUAGAGGCAGAGCGUGUGAAUGAAUGGGUAGUGACUGAGAAACUAGGAAAUACAGUGAGGAACAAAGGUUCUAAUAAGCAACAGAAGAAGCCUCGCUCGAAUAUUGGGGAAAGGAUACACAUAUUAGAACUGUUAAUGGGAAUGUAUCUAUUGUAUUGUGCAAUCUACGACGUUAAGUAUGGCCACGACCAUUUCUACAUUUACCUAUUUCUUCAAGCAGGAGCAUUCUUCAUCAUGGGGUUCAGUUAUAUAGGAACCUUUGUCACCAAAUGAGAAAUAGGAGAGGGUACAAAUAGAGAUGAUCAUGAGUGGGGUCUAACCAUGGUUCAGCAUGGAAUUCAUAUAUGUGUAUGAAUCCAACAGUGUGAUUGUAUUUGGAAGUUGAUCAAAAAGUUGGUCAUCGAAUCCAAGUAAGGUAUUUCGAAGUAUGUCAUUGUCAAAAAAAAAAAAAAAAAAAGAAAAAAGACAAGAAAGAAGGGUAUUUUGAAGUAUGUCCUUUAGACAUUGUAAAAUUGUUUGUAGACUAUGUAUAAAAAAGAGUACACUAGCAAAACAUACUUUUCUUUCUCUGAAUUGAUUGUUUGUUUGGAUCAUUUACUCUGUACUCUCUCUCUUAAGUUGCAACUAGGGGUGGCAAUGAGCCAGGUGUCCCCAACCUGAAAACCUAGGGCUUAGGUCAAGGUCUGGCUGGGGCUCAGCCAAGGCCAUGAUAGUGCCAGCCUGCUUCAAACCUACUUUUACAAAACUUGGUUCUGUAAAACGCAGGUUUGACCUCAAUCCAAUGUUUGGGUCCAUCAUUUUCAUCAAAAUCAUGGUUUUUAGUGUCCUCAUGUUUUCGAUUUUGGGGAUCUUAAUUUUCCAAAAAGAGAUGGAAAAUCUAAACUCCGGAUAUUCCAACCUAGAUGUAGAUCCCCUCUCCAGCCCUUUAGGACUGUGGGACCAUGAUUUUUAAAAACAGGGAUUUCGAUUUCCAUUCUUUCUGGAGAUUAUUCUCAGACUCUUGAAAGGGCAAUAAGAGGGCAAGAACAUGAGUCAUUUGCAUAAUA